GCAGCAGGGGAGAGAGAGGUUGGCUUUUUGCGGGGUCGGGACGAGCUGCGCCCUGUUUUCCCAUCUUAUGACCAGGAGCCUGAGUGGAAUUGGAAGACACCAGAAGUUGCCAUGGAUUUCCUGAACACCAGCUACCUGCGCCCCGGUGGUGGCUACGACUGCACCUUUAACUUCUGGAAUGACUACCUGGGUCUGUCUACACUGGUCACGAAGAACCGUCGGAAGGGACCUGGGUCUCCCAAUUCCAUAACCGAAUCCUUGAAGGCCACUCUGGGCUUGAGCGACCCAUACUGUCCCUGCUUGGGGAAUGGCAAUGGGGCUUUGGAUUGCUAUUGUUCCCCUAGCCCCCGGAGAGGCUUCUUGGACCUGGAGGAGAAUUUCCCCCUCUUCAAUCCCUUCCAGCCCCUACCCCCUGUCCGUGGGCAGCUGGAAGCCGAGAUGCUUCUGGACCCCUUCUGCUCCCUGGACUUACUGGGGGCAGACAGGAGGGUGUCCAGGAAGCCUGGCAGCCGAGCCAAGCAAGAGCCCAGGAUCUGCGUCUUCUGCCGGAACAACGGGGCACCCGAGGACGUCUACGGAUCCCACGUCCUGAAGACCUCUGACGGUAGGGUGGUUUGCCCCAUCCUGAGGGCGUACACUUGCCCCCUGUGCAACGCCAACGGGGACAAUGCGCACACCAUCAAGUACUGCCCCCUCUCCAAAGACCAGCCCCAGCAGAGGGUGUUGAAGGGGGGCAGGGCCGUUGGAGGAGGCAAGAGGGUCAAGGUCUUCUAGGGAGGUCCAUGCAGUAGGGAACCAGGAGAUAUCUGUUUCUGGUUUCUUCCCAACUCCUCCCAGAAACUCUUGUUCAAAAAUAAGCUGGCUGCAAAAUCAACUCUGAACACCUUCCAGAUCUUAAUGCUAAUGGAUCCAAUGCUUGGGGAAAAUUCUGCUCUUUUUGCCUUGUAUUUUUUUUGCCCCCUCGCUCCUUAAAGUGUUUUGUAAUUGAAAGCCAGUGAUAUUGAGGAAUGUGGAAAGACCUUGUGUUUCACUGGGGUUUAACCUUCGUACAUUACCCGUCCUACCCAAACCUCGGCGGAAAGUUGAACGAGUCCCUUUUUGCAGGAAUGCUGGAGUUGAGAUAUUUAAAUUAAGCCCUUACGUUGGAAUGAAGGAAUUUGAACUGUCGCUCGGUCUUAUUUAAGAGAAGCAGUUGCUGAGUUUUAAAGGCUCUUUUUAAACUUCAGAAGAUUACUGACGUGGAAUCAAAUAUCUUGCAGGAUCUGCGGAGUUCUGACGGGCAAGAACUUUCCUGUAACUUCUGUAUGGCGAUCAGUUCAACUGAACAUGUCCUUGAGUUCUGCCCGCGAAUUAUUUUUAUCAUUGAACUGUACUAAAAAGGGACAAGGGUAUAUUUGGAGAUAAUCCCACUCUUUAGGACCUGGGGGAUGGGUGUUUGGGUGGGGGUGCGAGGGAAGGAGAAUGCUUACUAAUUAAAUCUCAUCAGCUGAAUUCGUCUUAAAGCAAGAUUAAUUUCAAGAGGUGUUGAAAAGGGCACGAUUUUUAACUCUGAAUAACAUGCAAUCUUAAAUCUUCUGUUUAAACCUAGGCCAAAUAUAUCGAGGAAAAUGUAGUGAAUGUACAAUUUUUUGUUACCAGUUAGAAUUCUUUUCUAGCGGGACUGCACAAUGGAGUUUCCUGAUUGUGUUUAAUUUACCAAAGCAGAUUUAAAAGUUCUAGAAUUGUAAUUUGUAAAUACGUACUUGUGUGUAAUGUAUGUUAAAUACUGAUUUGGAGGGGGCUACCUCAAGAAUGUUACUGCUUGGGACGUGCAUUUAUUUGAGUUUGUAUCAAAACAAAACUAUCAAUCAGUAAAUAACCAGUUUAUAAAACUGCCAUUUCUUAAAGGUUUGUAAUGGUAUUUUUUGGAUUUUAUAAUGAAUUUGUAUUUUUUGCAAUUAAGCUGCAGAGGAGAUUAAAAAAAGGAAUGUCGCUUUUAAGCAGUCCAUUAAUCUUAAAGAUAUUAACUGUAAAUAUAUUCACCAGAAUUUGUUGUAAAUUGUUCAGAGAAUGGCCUUUUUUCUUUUUUUAAGAUUUUUUUUUAAAAUGAAGAGACCAGUUUAAUUUUUAUUUAUAUAAUGGUGUCACUUCUGUAUGCUGCAGAGCAGGAAGAAUUUAUAUUGUUUACUUGGAGGUUAAUAAAAUGGCAUAUUGAGGA